AUGAGCAUUGCCACACACUUUGGAUCCUGCUCCAAUAUGAGAUUCUGUUCCAGAAUAUCUCCUGGAUCAGUUCGUCCUGUUUUGGUUCUGUUUUUAGUCAAACAGGUCAUAGCCUCUGUGCUGCUGAAAACAACAACUAACUGGUUUAACUAUAAAAAAGAAUGCUUGAAAAUGUUACAAGAAACGACAGUAGAAACUGGAAUAUAUUGUAAUGGGACAUUUGAUCAGUUUGUUUGCUGGCCUAAUUCACCUCCAGGAAAUAUAUCUGUUCCUUGUCCUUCAUAUUUGCCACGGCUGGAAAAUGGAAGUGCAGGAAAUGUAUACAGAGUCUGCUUAGACCAUGGAAUUUGGCAAAAAACAGAAAACUCAACACAUAUUUGGCGGGAUAAUUCUGAAUGUUUUGAGAAGAAUUACUUCAAACAAGAAGAAGAAGAACACAUGUUACUAUCCUCACUAAAGCUAUUGUACACUGUAGGACAUUACUUUUCCCUCAUCUCCCUCAUAUUAGCUCUACUUAUACUUCUUCUGCUCAGAAAACUUCAUUGCACUAGAAACUACAUCCAUAUGAAUUUAUUUGCUUCAUUUAUAUUGCGAGCCAUAGCUAUUCUUAUUAAAGAUGCCAUUUUCUACAACACCUAUUCAAAAACACCUAAUGAUGAAACUGGAUGGCUAUCCUACAUCAAUUCUGAGAUUUCAACCGUUUGCAGGACGGCACAGUUUUUCAUGCAUUAUUUUGUUGGUACAAAUUAUUUUUGGCUUUUGGUAGAAGGAAUUUAUCUCUACACAUUAUUGGUGACUGCAGUACUCCCCGACAAACAACUACUAAAGACAUAUACUGUGAUUGGAUGGGUUGUUCCAGUUCUCUUUGUGGCCCCCUGGGGAAUAAGUAAAUCAAAGUUAGAGGACAUAGGGUGCUGGGGAAUAAAUGAACACAUGGGAAUCUGGUGGAUCAUCCGAGGACCAGUGUUGUUUUCCAUUUCAGUUAAUUUCUUCAUCUUUCUAAAAAUUCUGAAGUUGUUAAUUUCCAAACUCAAAGCCCAGCAAAUGAGCUUUCAUGAUUACAAGUACAGAUUGGCAAGGUCUACUCUUGUGUUGAUACCAUUGCUGGGGAUCCAUGAAGCUGUCUUUACAUUUAUCACAGAUGAACAAGUAGAAGGAUUUUCAAGACACAUAAGAGUCUUCAUUCAAUUAACAAUGAGCUCCUUUCAUGGGUUCCUUGUAGCAGUUUUAUAUUGCUUUGCUAAUGGAGAGGUGAAGGCAGAACUGCAGAAGCAAUGGUCUCGCUUCCUGCUAGCUGAUCCUUUUGGCUGUUGGCAAUGCUUCCUUGGGGAAAACAUCAAAUACCUAGGGAAAUAUUCAAAGAAGCCAAAGAAGCAGCACCAGGCCAGCAACCAGUUUUACCUAGAAAUAAGUGAGCCCUGCAGUAUGCAGUUACAGCAGACGAUGGUAAAGAGGACAGCAGAUAUUAACCCAGAUCCAGGCCCUGCAGUCCACCGAAACCCCAGAUUUAGCAUGUCCGACAGCAGUGAAGGAGAAGUCACUACUGGAGAGACAACCGAGGAAGUCUUUGAAGAAAGUGAGAUUUAG